GCCGCCGUCAGAGCCGAGCGGCCCCAGCGAGCUCGCGGCUCCGCUCCGCUCCGCGCCCGCCCGGCUCCCGGCCGCCCGCGCCCCCCGCGGCCGGAGGCGGCGAGGGACCAUGGCUGACGUCUUCCCGGCCGCCGAGCCGGCGGCGCCGCAGGACGUGGCCAACCGCUUCGCCCGCAAAGGGGCGCUGAGGCAGAAGAACGUGCACGAGGUGAAGAACCACCGCUUCAUCGCGCGCUUCUUCAAGCAGCCCACCUUCUGCAGCCACUGCACCGACUUCAUCUGGGGGUUUGGGAAACAAGGCUUCCAGUGCCAAGUUUGCUGUUUUGUGGUUCACAAGAGGUGCCAUGAAUUUGUUACUUUUUCUUGUCCGGGGGCGGAUAAAGGACCCGACACGGAUGACCCGAGGAGCAAGCACAAGUUCAAGAUCCACACAUAUGGCAGCCCCACCUUCUGCGACCACUGCGGGUCCCUGCUCUACGGCCUCAUCCACCAGGGGAUGAAGUGUGACACCUGUGACAUGAACGUGCACAAGCAGUGUGUGAUCAACGUGCCCAGCCUCUGUGGCAUGGACCACACGGAGAAGAGGGGCCGCAUCUACCUGAAGGCCGAGGUCACGGAUGAAAAGCUGCACGUCACAGUACGAGAUGCGAAAAACCUAAUCCCUAUGGAUCCAAAUGGGCUUUCAGAUCCCUAUGUGAAGCUGAAGCUUAUUCCUGACCCCAAGAACGAGAGCAAACAAAAAACCAAAACCAUCCGCUCCACACUGAACCCCCAGUGGAAUGAGACCUUCACGUUCAAAUUAAAACCUUCUGAUAAAGACCGGCGGCUGUCCGUGGAGAUCUGGGACUGGGAUCGAACUACACGGAACGACUUCAUGGGGUCCCUUUCCUUUGGGGUCUCGGAGCUGAUGAAGAUGCCGGCCAGUGGAUGGUACAAGCUGCUGAACCAAGAGGAGGGUGAGUACUACAACGUGCCGAUCCCCGAAGGCGACGAGGAAGGCAACGUGGAGCUCAGGCAGAAAUUCGAGAAAGCCAAGCUUGGCCCCGCUGGCAACAAAGUCAUCAGUCCCUCCGAGGACAGGAGACAGCCUUCCAACAACCUGGACAGGGUGAAGCUCACCGACUUCAACUUCCUCAUGGUGCUGGGCAAAGGCAGCUUUGGCAAGGUGAUGCUGGCCGACCGGAAGGGGACCGAGGAGCUGUACGCCAUCAAGAUCCUGAAGAAAGACGUGGUCAUCCAGGACGACGACGUGGAAUGCACCAUGGUGGAGAAGCGGGUGCUGGCCCUGCUGGACAAGCCGCCGUUCCUGACGCAGCUGCACUCCUGCUUCCAGACGGUGGACCGGCUCUACUUCGUCAUGGAGUACGUCAACGGCGGGGACCUCAUGUACCACAUCCAGCAGGUCGGGAGGUUCAAGGAGCCGCAAGCAGUGUUCUAUGCAGCAGAGAUUUCCAUCGGGCUGUUCUUCCUUCAUAAAAGAGGAAUCAUUUAUCGGGACCUGAAGUUAGACAACGUCAUGCUGGACUCGGAAGGACACAUCAAGAUCGCGGACUUCGGGAUGUGCAAGGAGCACAUGAUGGACGGCGUCACGACCAGGACCUUCUGUGGGACCCCCGACUACAUCGCCCCGGAG